UUCGAACCAACUAACGUCAGCAAAUCCCACACAAACUAAUGGUGGAUUCUCAACUUCACAUGAAUCAACAACCUUUGUACAGAAACAUAUGCAACACACUUCUGUCUCUAACAUACUCUCGUUCACUCUCCAAAGGUCUUCAAUUACAUGCUCACAUUAUCAAAUUAGGUUUACAAUCAAUCCCUCUUCUCUCCCAUCAUCUCAUCAAUUUCUACUCCAAAACCCAUCUCCCUUAUUCCUCUCUUCAAAUCUUCAACGAUUCAUCUCACAAAUCUCCCACUACCUGGAGCUCAAUCAUCUCUUCAUUUGCCCAAAAUGACCUCCCUUUACUUUCUCUACACUUUUUCCAACUCAUGAUCCGUCAUGGUCUCCCUCCUGAUGACCACAUUUUCCCUAGUGCUACUAAAUCAUGUGGUAUUCUAGCUUCGUUACCUGUGGCGCAAUCGCUUCAUUGUUUUGCUUAUAAGACUGCUUACCAUGUUGAUCUUUUUGUGGGAAGUUCUAUUGUUGAUAUGUAUGGUAAAUGUGGCAAUAUUAAUAAUGCGCUUAAUGUGUUCGAUGAAAUGCCGUAUAGAAAUGUUGUUUCUUGGAGUGGUUUGAUUUAUGGGUAUGUUCAAUUGGGUGAGGAUGAUGAAGCUUUGAGGCUUUUUAAACGGUUUCUUGUUGAAGAAGAAAACGAGGGUGUUAAUGAUUUUACUUUGUCCAGUGUUUUAAGGGUUUGUGGUGGUUCUACUUUGCUACAGAUGGGUAAACAAAUACAUGGGUUGAGUUUUAAGACCAGUUUUGAUUCGUCUUGUUUUGUUGCGAGUUCUUUGAUUUCGUUGUAUUCGAAAUGUGGGGUUGUUGAGGAAGCUUAUGAUGUUUUUGAGGAGGUUACUGUUAGGAACCUUGGGAUGUGGAAUGCUAUGUUAAUUGCCUGUGCUCAGCAUGCUCACACGAAUAAAACGUUUGAGUUGUUUGAUAAGAUGAAGAGUGUUGGUGGUGUGAAAGCUAGUUUUAUUACAUUUUUGUGUGUGCUUUAUGCGUGCAGCCAUGCAGGUGCUUUAUGAGUUGUUUGAUAAGAUGAAGAGUGUUGGUGCAUUAGUAUUCAGUUUUCAACUUUUUAUUAGGCUGUGAGAGUAGAACACUGUGAACGAGUUCAUGUGAUUGUAGCAGCAAAACGAAUUUGUAUUGCUAACUGCCGUGAAUGUGUAUUCUUUUUGGGAGUGAACCAGCAACCCCUUAUUGUCGGUGAUAACCAUAAGUUGCAGGUGGCUCCCUUUAAUACCUUUUACUCCCAGUUGGAGGAACAUAUGAAUGAAGUUGGAGUUCUGCCCACAGUGAAUCGUUGGGAUGAACCUAUAGCAUUGGGAAUAGUUGAUCCCCAUGAUUCACUAUCUCAUCCAGCAGGUGUCUCCGAUGUUCAAACUGAGUCUGCUACUAGGGUGGACCCUGAUCAGUUCACUAAUUUUGUGAUUCCAAACUGGCUUGGAGGAGAGUCCACCGGUUCUACAAAAGACAACCCAUUCACAUUACCAGAGGCUUAUAUGGCAUCUCAGCAAAGAAAUGAAAAGAAUCUAGGGGAGAUAAAGUAUUUGUCUUUCAUUAAUGUCGAGGUGGAGAUGGAAAUGGUGAUGAGUAAGAAGAAAGAAAUGGAGGAUUUGGAAAACAACAAUGGUGACUUUGUUUCCAAUGAAGAAAUUAGAAUUUUCAUUGAAUCUCUUACCAAACCUCAACUCGUUGAUCUUCUCUCUCAACUAGGGUCCAAAUAUCCUUCAAUUGCACAAGAAAUAGAAAGUUUUGCAAAUGUUGAUCGUGCUCGUCGAAAGCUUAAUGCAUUUCAAGUGCAUGGAAAAUCGACUCAGAGUGCACCACGAAAAUCGACUCAGAGUGCAUCGAGUGCACCAAACAAGUUUGUUCGUGGAGUAUGUAUGUUAGAUGAUGAGACCAGAAGAAUCAGAAGUGCUCCUGAUCUUUUCGAGAGAAAUCUUUUUAUUGAAAACUUAUCACCACAAGUAACAUGGGAAAUGCUGCUCGACUAUUUUGAGAGGCAUGGUGAUAUAUUGGAAUGUUUACUUGUAUGUCAACGUCACGCGGGUUCAAAGGUAUCAAGUUAUUCUGGCAUCGUUACAUACAAGACAGCAGAGGCAGCAAAGAAAGCGAUAGAUGACCUAGAUCAAACGACUCUUGGGGGAAGAACUAUAACUGUAAAAUAUUUUGAUACAUUAUAUGGAGGUGGUCAGCCGUCUGUUCCUGCAAGAGUAGCUCCAAUGGCAGCCUUACAUAUGUCUCCAGAAUAUGUUGAGGGUUACACAUACCCCCGACCUGGUGCACCAUAUGCCGCACCACGUUAUCCAUACCCCCAAACAGGUGCACCAUUUGCUGCGUCUCCUUAUCCAUACCCCCGAACUGAUCCACCAUAUGCCGUGUCUCCUUAUCCAUACCCCCGAACUGAUGCACCACAUGGUGCACCACCUUAUCCAUACCCGCGAACUGCUGCAAGAUUUGCUUUACCUCCUUAUCCAUACCCCCAAACCGAUGCACCAUCAUAUGCCGCGUCUCGUUAUCCAUGACCCCAAACUGAUGCAUCACAUGCUGCACCGACUUGUUCAUACCCCUGAACUGCUGCACCGCCUUAUUCAUACCCCCGAACUGCUGCACCACCUUAUCCAUACCUCCAAACUGCUGCACCAUAUGCUGCAUCUCCUUAUCGAACUCUUCUCACUGCACCUUCUCCUCAGUAUUAUUACUAUCCCAACUCAUGAAUGUACUAUUUUGCUAAACACUGUGACAUUGCUACUUCUUUCUGUACUUUCAUGUUCAAUUCUUAUUAGCUCCUAAUUCCAGUCCAAUUUUUUCAGUGCUAUUCCCUUGUGUAGAAUUUAGUACAUUCUUUUUAGAUGUAAUUCUAUGUCAGAAUCCAUUGUGACUAGAAAAUAAUCCCUUGUUCUCAAUGCAUUAUUUAAACCUUUAUCUAGUGACCUUCUCACUUGUUUAGUGUGAUUUUGAAACAUUAGACAAGAUAUUAAAAGGCCACAAUGUCUGGUUGAUGACAAGGGCACAAUUGGGGUCCAUAAAUAUUUAAUGGAAAGGAAAUGCCUUAAACUA